CAAAAAUCGUAUUGCGUUUGAAAGGAUUGUCUACCUACGCAAAGCUUACGGAGCCCAGGAGAUGAAGUCUGCAAAGAGAAGCUGUGGAACAUGCAGAGACCGUAGACUCCUCUGUGAUCGCGCCAUUCCUGUUUGCCUGCGGUGCUCUCGUUCGAAGCGGACCUGCAAAGGUUACGGACUCCGGUUGUCAUGGCCGAUCGCAGGCGACAGUAGGCGCGCUGUUGUAGCAAAGCAAGCGUUGCUAUGGAGCGGAACUCGCUCCAACUUCCAUGCACAAGUCAUCCACAUGUCUACUUGGGAUAUUCAAAUGCAUUAUCACAUGACAGCGCCGUCAUCUUCUGGAAAUUUCCAGCCAGUCCUACGCAUACCCAUACUAUGGAACCCGUCCACGUUGGAAGUCGGGGAUGCGGAUCUGCUACAGUAUUUCCAAUGUGUCGCUUACCAGUCCUUGCCUACCUUUGGCCAGAAUAAUAUGCAUUUGGGUAAUAUUCUCAUGCGCAUGGCGCUAUCGAGCAACACAUCGUCUGCUACAGCGCUUCUCAAGUCGCUACUUGCCUUGUCGUCACUGCAUCGCCAUGGCGUUCAGAGUCAAGCCAUCACACUCAAGAUUGCGAGUCUCGGUGCCUUGGUGGCGGCCGCCUCAAAGCCCAACUUGGGUGCAAAUGAGAUGAUCCAGCAUAUUGCUACGGGCAUGCUGUUGUGUUCUUUCGAGGCCUACCAGUCAACUUGCACUUCUGGCCAAUGGAUGUGCUAUCUCACCGGGAUCAAGGAAAUCCUCAACACUGACUGUCUCCAAGUGUCUCUGUACGAUGAUGAUCUUGCCGCCUUGAAGGAAUGGGUAUAUUAUCACGAUGUUUUAGCCCAUUUCACAGUACGGCACUGGGCAACAACCGCCAAAAAUCUGCUGUUGGUUCAAACAAGCAACCGUAAAGAUAUUGGUCCAUCGGUGCUACCCAAUAGGGCACAUCUCCUACCAGAUGGUCGUAUUCAUCUCUCCAUCACUCAAAGUAGACCUCUACAGGCUGACGAUGGCGCUUCCCAGGGGCGUAGACGCUGUAUCGACCUUUUGUUUUGUCUUUCGCUUGCGGCACCGCCUAUCAACGCUACUCUGCAGCUACUGUCUGAGGUCUGCGACGCGGUAUCGGCUAGACCAGACGACAACAUGUCUGGCCAAAAACUGGAAGAAUACAAAGGCUUCCUCGAAGUACUCGACUGGAGAAUCAGGAACCUUGCAGCCUCCACCACGGACGAUGAAAUCUCAGAGAUGACAACCGUCACACAACUAUUUCAGCUAGCUAUGCUUGUGUACCUCAAUCGGGCGACUGAAAACUUGCUAGACCAGUCAGUCAGAACCCAACAGCAGAUCGAGAAAGGCUUCGCCCUUUUAUCCCAGCUAGCGUCUUGUGAGCGGCAGUUCCCUGUCUUCGUGUUGGGCUGUGAAGCUCGCACGGAUGAUCAGCGGACCAUCAUCCUCGAUCUCAUCGCUAGGACGGAGAGCAGAGAUUCCUCGCGGUCAUUCAAUCAUGUCAAGUUACUUGUACAGGCUGUCUGGGCUCAAGACGAUCUCGCUAACUGGGGCCUGAAGUAUUGGGACAAGCUUAGUUCUAUCAUCAGCUGUUGUACGAUUGUACCCAGUUUAGUUUGACGUGUAAUAUGAGAC